AUGCUGAUGGAGGAAGAGAUGCAGCCGGCGGCCGAGGAGGGCCCCAGCGGGGCCAAGAUCUACAAGCAGCAGCGCAGCCCCUACAGCGUCCUCAAGACCUUCCCCAGCAGCCGGCGGCCGGCGCUGAGCAAGCGCUACGAGAGACCCACCAUGGUGGAGAUCCCGCAGGUCAGGGCGGGCAACGGGCACCACCAGCAGCACCCCCACCACCCCCAGCACUCCCACCAACACCACUUCCAGCAGCAGCCGCUGCCCGCGGUCGCCUCGUCCUCCUCCCUGACGGAGCACCAGCUGCCUUACCAGGCGCACAGCUCCUACCCGGGCGGCAGAGCCUCACAAGGCCAGCCUCCCCGGACGCCGGCUCCGCAACUGGGACACCAAGCGGCUCCCGCCGCCGCUGCCGCCGCGUCGUCGUCGUCGUCUUCCACCACCUCCUCCUCCUCCUCUUCGGCCAGGUACGGCCACAGCCACCAGGGGGCACCAACGAGCAGCAACGGCGAGGGAAACGGCAGCCUGGAGCUGAGCGCAGAGAGCCGUAUGAUUCUGGAUGCCUUCGCCCAGCAGUGCAGCCGGGUGCUUAGUCUUUUAAACUGUGGUGGAAAACUUCUGGACAACAGUCGCUCGCAGUCAUUGACUUCCUGUGUAAAGCAAGAGAGCAUGAGUUUUAGUGAGAGACCAGAGCAGUGCCAGCUUGGGAAAAUGAUCCACAGUCAGACAUCGGACAAUUUAGACCUUGAGUUGCAGUACAUGCACAAGAAGCAGCAGACCUCUGCUUUUCUUAGGGUAUUUACUGAUUCUCUCCAAAACUAUUUGCUUUCUGGAAGCUUUCCUUCUCAGAAUGCUUCUUCAAUGAGUGAUUUUGGCCAUUUAGCAGAUGUGGAUCCACUCUCAACCUCUCCAGUGCACACUUUAGGUGGAUGGACAUCCCCAGCAACUUCUGAGUCCCACGGUCACCCAUCAUCAUCUACACUUCCAGAGGAGGAGGAGGAGGAGGAGGAAGGUUAUUGUCCUCGUUGCCAAGAGCUGGAGCAGGAGGUAAUUUCGUUGCAACAAGAAAAUGAAGAACUCCGACGGAAGUUGGAGAGCAUCCCAGUGCCCUGCCAGACGGUUUUAGAUUAUUUGAAGACUGUGCUUCAGCAUCAUAACCAGCUCAUGAUUCCUCAGCCUGUGGAGCAGCCAGCAGAGGGGAGCAAGCAGUUGCUGAACAACUACCCCGUCUACAUCACUAGCAAACAGUGGGAUGAGGCUGUAAACUCCUCAAAGAAAGAUGGGCGUCGGCUCCUCCGCUACCUCAUCAGAUUUGUCUUCACAACCGAUGAGCUUAAGUACUCGUGCGGCCUUGGAAAAAGGAAAAGGUCAGUGCAGUCAGGAGACACUGGUCCUGAAAGACGUCCUCUGGAUCCAGUAAAAGUAACAUGUCUCAGAGGUACUGCAUCUUUUCACUCAGUGUCCACUAUAUGCAAUUUCAUUUCACCACAUUGGCUAUGGCUUAAUACAAGAAUAUUUAGCUUCCUGCAAUCUAAAGGAAAGGGGAUUGCCUGUAGAUAUAAGGAGUCUUGGACUAACAUGUCAAUUGUUGAGAGGGUGGGGUAGAUUAAUAACUUAUAUUUUCAUCAUUUUAUCCAUGGGUUCCAAAAUAUGUGUCCUGAAAACCUCUGAGUUUCCUCACUGAGAAAAUUAGCAAUGAGGGGAAGCUUCUGUGAAAAAUGGUUUGUGCACUACCACCAGUCUUGCCCUGUCACCCACAGCUAUGGGAAGUGUUUUCAAAGAUACCAAGUCAGGUGUUGCUAAACAGCAGUAGAACGUUUCAAGCUGGCCAGUGACUCCCCUGUGAACAAACUGUGCCCUGGAAAGUGCCUCAGGAUCUACUAUAGCCUGCUAAGUUUGAGAAAGUUGCUUUUUUGGACUACAAUUUCCAGAUUCCCCCAACCACAGUCACCCCUUCUAUUUCUGGGAGAUGUAAUCCAAAAGAGUAACAUUUCCAAGUUCUACUGAGGCAUUAUCGAAUGAACAAGUGAGUGGAUGAAUUGACCAUGAAGAUGGGGAUUUUGAAAAACACUGAAAUAAUUGAAUUGUAAACCAGCAUUUUUGUUGGCAAACCUUCAACAUAGGUGCUUUUUAAAAAAAAAAUAGGCUGCAUUUUCUUCAAUAAUUUACAGUGUAAUAAAGAAAGGAAUCACAAAUUA